GGUUCGGCACAUAUAACACAUGUAUCGAACUGGGUGCAGUAUAAAUUCGUAUCGAUACUCUUUUCAAAAUCAGUCUGCAUCAAGUGAUUUCCAAGUUGACAACAAUUUGCCCAAAGAAGCAUUAAAAUGAAGCUCAUCUUUGCCGUCAUUGCCCUGGUUCUGACAAUCAGCGCCAACGCUUCCCCAGCUCCAUUUGCCCAUGAUGUAGUGGCCUAUUCCAACCCAUGGCCUCUGAAGACCAGCUCGGUUUGGCCAGCCUAUGGUGGAUUGUAUGGUGGUAAGGUCGCUGUGGUUCCAGAAGUUUCCUACGAAAAGUACGCCUACCCGAACGUGUAUGGAAGCUGGCCAGUUUAUGGAAAGAGCUGGGGAUUCUCUUCUCCGGUUGCUGCCGUUGGAGCUAAGGUGGUUGACAAUGGCCUAUGGAAUUACGGAGGCUAUGGUUACGGAAACGGAUACGGUCUGGGAUACACCAAGUACUGGCACUGAAUUAUCUGUAGACUGAUUGAAAGGAGUUGCAACAAUAAAAAUGAAGGAUUUCUUGAUAACUUCUA